AUGGCAACAGAUAGAUUAAAUUUAGACUUGCCAGUAACCUCGAUCCAUGGAUAUGGUGACGUUAAAGUUUUUGGACAUGAUACACCUCUGGCAGCCAUCCAAGGGACCAAGAAGCCCUGUCUGGCACCAUGCAGUGUCAACAAACCAGGUUGCGAUUCCCGAAUGCGAGAAUGCAGACGAAGGUACCAGAAUCGCACCCCGGUACAAAAACCAGCAGGGGUUGAAGGAGUCGUCGACCCUUUGGCUUUGGAGCCCUGCGGGAGCGGAUCGGCCCUGGAAGAAUGCCAACAACCUGAAGAAUAUUAUCCGACCGGGCCAAAGUUGCCUGAAAGGCGGCAUUUGCGUACGGGAGAUCCCAAUGUCCAUUUGACUGAAGAAGGCUUUGACUUUUUAUAUCCUGAUGAUGGGGUUUCUGAACCUGAAGUCGUCAUGAUGUAUACUUGGACCACUAGAAGUCGGAUGACUGUUAAAGUGAUAACUUAUGGAGCAACUGUAGUAGGUAUUUCAGUACCAGAUGCAAGAGGAAUGGUUCAAGAUGUUUUGCUAGGAUUCGACGAUUUAGCAGGUUACAGGAGACAAAGCAAUCCUUAUAUAGGCGCAACCUUGGGUCGUGUUGCAAAUUACAUCGAAAAUGCGAACUACAAAUAUCUCCACGACGAGUACGACUUGAGGCCAAAUCGUCCACCACAUCAUUUUAACGGAGGUCGUAGAGGAUUUGAUAAAAAAUUGUGGACUGCCACUCAGGAUGGAACUAAGAUUAUAAUGAACCUGGUGUCCGAGUCUGGUGCUGAAGGUUAUCCUGGUAAAUUGUUGACGUCCAUAACCUUCCAGGUGACUGCUGAAAAUAGAUUUAUUGUCAGCAUGAGAUCUGCAAGUGAUUGUUCGACUCCUGUGAGCCUCACACAUGCACUGAGACUCAAUUUGGCAGGACAUGCUGCUGGUCUUUUGGACAUCUUUAAACAUCGCGUCACUGUCGAUGCUGAUAAAUACGUUGAGAAGAAUUUUAUGGGAUUGCCAACUGGUAAAUUGCUAAAAGUAGCAGCAACUCAGUACGAUUUUCGUGUCGAAAGAAACAUUGGAGGGUUGUUAAGAAGAUGUGCAAGACGAGGAAUUGACCAUACAUUGUGCUUGACACACCAACCAGAACCGAAGGAGGACGAAGAUGAUGAGGACAAUGUUAUUUUUGUAGCCAGGAUUUUGCAUCCAGAUUCUGGUCGCGUUUUGGAAAUCUACAGCAACCAGCCUGGUUUGAAUUUUAGCACCUGCAACGAUCUUCCUGACCAUGGAUACGAUUUAUUGCCUGAAGAUCCCGACGAUAAAGAAAACGUGUACUUGAGGCCAGUCGACACAGUUAACGAAUACACCCAGGUUAUAGAAGAUGAUAUAGAUUUUGAAAUGUUUCCUGAAGAUGACGAGGAAGAAGAAGAAGAAGACAUGGCCAAAGCUCAUGUAGAAGGUGACCUGAGCGAAGCUGAAUUAAAUUUGAGCCCUUCAGAAAUUGAAGCUCGUCUGGCGUUUCGGAAACAAAGUGCAGCGGCCAAAAAAUCAGACGUUUACCAAAGAAUUUCUUUGAUCACCAAGAAAGGAAUAGAAGCCAAGAGCUCCGUGGAAGCCACUGCAGAAGAACAACUUGUUCCUGUCAAAAUACAGCGUAAAGUUUCCGAUCCCGAUGCCGGCGGUGCCGAAUGGUGGGGCAAGACACCACCAGGAGCUGAAGAUUUGUACGAAUCAGCCAGGGAAGCAAGGAUGAAGGCUUUGAAAGGGUUUGAUGAGACUAGUGAACAUGGUGCUGCUUGUUCUAAGGAUUGCCCUUGUAGACUUACUGAGGAUCAACGACUCAAGUAA